AUGUCAUCUAUCAAAAAGACCAUUGUCGUUGUCGGCGCGACGGGCAACCAGGGAGGUUCGGUGGCACGCACGUUCCUCGCCCAGCCUCAAUGGCAUGUUCGAUGCCUCACCCGAAACCCUUCCUCCAAAGCAUCCCAGACUCUUCGCAGUCUCGGGGCUGAGGUGGUACAGGGAGAUCUCUCCAGCCGGGACUCGUUGCGUCGCGCUUUCGAAGGGGCCAACGCUAUCUACGCGAACACCGAUUUCUGGGCCAUAUACACCAAUCCUGACACGGCAGGCCGGAGCGCGGCUGCGGGGAAAACGAGCAGUCAGUUCGCAUUCGAUUCUGAAGUCUCGCACGGCACCAACGUCGCCGAAGCCGCCGCGAGUAUCGACACCCUGGAGCGCUUCAUCUACUCGGCAUUGGCGCCGGUAAAGAAGGCGUCCAACGGGAAAUAUCUUCAUUCCUACCACUGGGACUCCAAGGCGGCCAUCGUCGAGUACGUUGAGACCCGGCACCCGCUUCUCGCCGCGAAAAUGUCCGUCAUCUACCUGGGUGCCUACGCGAACAACCCGUUGCUUUACCCACGUUGGGAUGAGGACUCGCGGAAAUACGGCUUCACUUUGCCCAUGUCACUGGAUGCGAAGAUGCCAAUCAUUGACGCAGCAGAGUCUACGGGACCAUUUGUGAUGGCGCUGGUGGAGACCGAGGACGCUGGGAAGAGAUUGUUGGCGUACGAUACGGACAGCUAUCUCCAUCUCCACGAGUUGGUGGACUUAUGGACCAGGAUCAUCGGACAGCCCGUCAGCUUUACGUCCGUCACCGUCGAGACCAUGAACCAGCAAUCCGGUAUUCCGCUUGAAGUUCUGGACGGCCCUGCAUUCAUAUCCGAAUUUGGCUACAUGAGCGGUGUCGAAGGUGAUAUCAUUGAACCACCUCACCUUAAGGCCAAGGUCAAGACCAAAUCGUUUGAGGAUUGGGUGAAGAGUCGAGACUGGAAGGAGAUUCUGGAUCAAGGAAAGCGUGCUUUGAAGACGGUGGAGGGGAAAUAA